AAUGAACUGCUGCAAUUAAAAUAUUUCGAUAAAAAACAAAAGAAAAAACAAAUAAACUUACUGAGAAAGAAAAUAACAAUAAGUACGUACUUAAAAACAAGUCAACAAAGAAAGGGAAGAAUUUAUUUCAGGGUAAAAGAAAAUUCCAUAAGACGUAAAUCGAAUGAAGUUAUUAAAGGGCAACAAAAUACAGACUUUGGGAGUGUGUUUUCACUGAGUUUUCUAGCAAAUAUAUUUUAGGCAAACGUUUUUGGUCCAAUAUUUCUUCAUAUGGGUAAUAAUAUUACAUAUGAACUGGAAGAUUUCGACGAUUAUGUGAGCGACGAUAGUUCACUUAGUUUUGAUAAUGGUGACCACUUAAGUUUCGCUUACUCUAUGGUUCUGUCUCAGAUUGUACGACAAGAUACGCAAGCAAUGCCACCAGUGAUACGUAAGAAACCAGAUUUAAGAAUAUUUCGUCAUACUAUGAUGUACAAAGAGAUCAAGGCCCUGAGUGGGUUUCCGGCCAAUAGCAAGAAACCCAAUGAACGUUGGUGCCUAGCUCGCGGUUUAAUGAAACGUGAAAAUGGUUUAUCCGUUUGUAAGCGUGGUGCAUUCAGCGCCAAUCAACAAAGACGAAUUGGCAACUUUUUUGUGCCCAACAAAAAAGUUGACCGCCUAAUGUCGUUAGACUCAAAGAUUUAUAUUUGUAAAUUCAAUAAUGAUGGUUCACGUCUACUAACUGCCACCCAAGAUGGUACGGUUCGUAUAUUUGACGCCUCCAAAGGUACGUACCAUCGCAUCCAACGUCUCAAGGUCAGAGAUGUUAAUUGGAGUAUACUGGAUAUAGAUUUUAGUCCUUGUGGUCGUUUCUUUACUUAUUCCACCUGGGAAGAUGUAUUUCACGUUACUCCCAUGGAAGGCGAUGGCACUGAUGCUGAAACAUAUAACACUGGUAAUGAACGAUAUCGCGCUGGUAUGUUUUCGGUGAGAUUUUCACCGUGUGGUCGCAAUAUGAUUGCUGGGCUAACUGAUUCCAAAAUUGUUGUGUGCGAUCGUGAAACUCGCCAUGUUUCAACAAUUCGUACCGAAAACUCAUUUUCAGUUGAUAUCAAUGCCGUCAGCUAUGUGAGCGAUCAAGAUCCAAAUUUAAUUGUAAGUGGUUGCCAUAACGGCAUUAUCAAACUUUGGGACCUUCGGUGUUCGAGUGGAUGUUCUCACCGCUCUACCAAAGCUAGUAGUGUUUUUCUAGGACAUUUCGAUAGCAUUACUUAUAUAGACCCACGAAAUGAUGGACAUUAUGUGUUGAGCAAUUCCAAAGAUCAAAGUAUUAAAAUAUGGGAUUUACGUCAACCAACACCCAAAAGUAAAUUACGAAGUCAUCCAAAUUCUCCAUUAAUUUCUUGGGAUUAUCGCGUCAGCCAGGUGCCUAGAGAAUAUUAUAAUCCCACCAAAGUUUUAGAUGGAGAUGUUAGUGUCAUGACUUAUCGGGGUCAUCGUGUAACUAAAACCUUGUUGCGCGCUAGAUUUUCACCAGCUGUCCAGACAGGUCAACGUUAUAUAUACACCGGCUGUAGUACAGGAAGAAUCAUCAUUUAUGAUGUCUUAACUGGUCAUAUUAAAGAAGCCAUAGAAAGUCAUCGCUAUGUAAUAAGAGAUUUACAUUGGCAUCCUGUUCGAGAUGAAAUUGUCUCUGGUUCGUGGGAUUCCCAAGUAAACUUAAAUAUGUAUAAAAAUAAACCAAAUCUUAAAAGAAGUAGUACAGAACAAAUUGAAAGGCCUUUGCGUCGAUCACGUCGUAUAGCUCAUCGCAAGGGAGAAUUGGAUGCCGAAGAUGAUGAAGAAGACGAAGAAAAUGAGUUUUAAUAGCUAGAAUAUAUAUAUUUUUUUUCUUCAGACAUUUUAUAGAAUAACAUCGUACACCACUAAACUGCAUAAAUGUAUGUAUAUAUAUAUACAGUAUGUACUUCAGUUUCCACCUUCCUCAAAUUUAACUUGUUAACACACUCCACACACAGUGUAGUAAGUGUGUAUAAAAUAGUAUAACAAUGAAUGUAAAAAUUAUAUUUUUUUUAAGUUUUCGUAACAUUAAUUAUUCGUAAAUCUUGAAGUAUAUAAUAUAUGACUUUAUUUUAGUUUAGUGUAUAAUUUUUAAUUUUACUCAUGUCGUUGCUCAGCCUACAAAAAGACCGAUGUGUUUUUUUUUUAAAUAAAAUGUGUGGUAUUUUUGUGGGCGACGAUGAUGUCUUUUUUUUGUACUGUUCAACAGCUGGAAAUUCCUUUAUUUCGAUUUUUAAAUAUGGCUAUGAAUUAAUGAAAUUUAUGUGAUUUUCUUUUUAUUUUAUAUUUUGAAUUUUAAGUUUUCUUCAUUCAUUUCUCUAUGAGUUCGAGCAAUGUUUUUUAGAAUAUUUUUAAUAAAAUUAAAUAUAAUAUAGUAAAA